AUGGCACCGUCUAUCCCAGUCCCUGCCCAAGGUGGCAUGUUCCAUACCUUCCAAGGCAUUACACCGCGGAAGGCGUCAACAGACUCUCAGGACAGCAUCAAGUCAAGUGGAACUAGUGCUUCCAAGCGGAUAACAACUCCGCAUGCUUGUGCCGAGUGUAAACGGCGCAAGAUUCGAUGCGAUGGGCAGCAACCUUGCGGACAAUGUCUCUCCAGUCGGGCCCCAAAAAGAUGCUUCUACGACAAGCACCGGCAGCGCGUCAUCCCGUCACGCAAGACCCUAGAGGCCCUCUCCCAGUCUCUCGAAGAAUGCCGGUCCAUCCUGAAGCGUCUAUAUCCAAACCAAGAGAUCCAGUCCUUGCUGCCACUCUCGAGACAGGAGCUCCUCAGCCUCCUGGACCGACCCGCCGCCAUAGACACAUCAGUCGGCGGGCUGCCGUCGCCUCCUCUCAACACAACACCAAUAUCUGACCUGGACUCGCCCAUGAUGCCAAAGUCGGAGAACCUCCUCGAACAGAUGCCCUCUCGGGAUACCGAAUGGGACGAGGAGAGGCGGGGGAGAGAUCCCAUCCCUGCCGAGGCAGACGACAUCAAUGCCCUGUCUCUCUCUGUCGAUCGCCAGACGUCUUAUCUGGGCGCUUCAUCUAUCAAGGCAGCUCUAAUGGUGAUGCUCAAGGUCCAGCCGAGCCUAAGGAAUUCUCUGGCAACUCCGCUGAACAGCGUCGAGCUGUCGCACAACUACCCCGUCAUCAGGCAAAAGCCUUCGAGCCUCAAGGACCCGCAGCGCAUUCCCUGGUCGUGGAAGGGACAAACACUCAUCGACGCCUACUUCAAACGCAUCCACGCCUUCGUUCCCAUGCUCGACGAGAGCACAUUCCGUGCCGACUAUCUCGAGGGGCAGAGGCUCGAUGCGCCGUGGCUGGCGCUCCUGAACAUGGUGUUCGCGAUGGGGAGCAUUGCGGCAAUGAAGUCGGACGACUACAACCAUAUCAACUACUACAACCGGGCCAUGGAGCAGCUGCCCAUGGAUGCUCUAGGAAGCAGCCACAUCGAAACGGUGCAGGCACUAGCGCUCAUCGGUGGCUACUAUCUUCACUACAUCAACCGCCCCAACAUGGCCAACGCCGUCCUCGGGGCCGCCAUUCGCAUGGCCAGCGCGCUGGGUCUCCACCGCGAGAGCCUGGCCCAGGGUGCGAGCGAUAUCGCCGCCGCCGAGACACGGCGACGGACAUGGUGGACCUUGUUCUGCCUCGACACGUGGGCCACAACCACCAUGGGCCGGCCGUCCUUUGGGCGCUGGGGUCCCGCCAUUAACAUCCGGCCACCCGAGUUUGGCGUCAACGCGGCGCGUGAAUCUUCGCAGCACGCGGGGAGCCUGCCGCUGAUUGAGAAUAUCAAAUUCUGCAAGAUCGCCACCCAGAUCCAGGACAUGCUCGCCAUCUCACCCCUUUUACGUACCGAGGACCGGUGCGGUCUGGACAGCCAGCUUCUUGGUUGGUAUUCAGGCCUACCCUGGUUGCUGCGCACAACGGACCCAUGCGCCGAGCCUUUGUACAUGGCACGCUGCAUCAUGAAGUGGCGCUACCAGAACCUGCGCAUGCUCCUUCACCGGCCGGUACUCCUGUCGCUGGCCAGCUCUGGGCUCAAUCCCCACACGCAAGCCUGCGAUGCCGACCUCGCGGCCAUUGAGACAUGCCGUGAGCUCGCCGCCCAGACUAUCGACGACAUCGCGCGCGAAUGGACCCGGAAUCAGAUGAGCGGGUGGAACGCCGUGUGGUUCCUCUACCAGGCCGCCAUGGUGCCCCUAGUCUCUGUCUUCUGGCAGUGGGGCAGCCCUCGCGUGCCCGACUGGCUGAAGCAAAUCGAAGCUGUGUUGGACCUGCUCGAGGUCAUGGAAGAGUGGUCGCUGGCUGCGCGCCGCAGCCGUGAGGUUGUCUGGCGCAUGUACGAGGCCAGCCGCGCCGUGCAGGCCCAGCAGGUCGCACACCGCUCGACGAGCCCCAGCAUGCACAUGACGGGCGACGGCAUGCUCAUCUCGGACGCCGGAAUGCACAUGAGCCCCAUUGGCCUCGAGCCCGUCGACGGCCUCGGAAUGAUGGGCAUGCUUGACCAGGGCGGUCUCUGGGACCUCGACGGCAUGUACUGGGGCGGCCAGUCCGACGACGCCUCGUCUGCCGACUUCAGCUUCGGCCCCUCGGCUGGCUCUGCCGGGGCAACCCAAGGCAUCCACGAAGGCAUGCUCCAUCAAAUGGACUACGGCAUGAUGAGCCAAGCCCAAGCCGCCGCUGCCGCCGUCGCCAUGGACGGCUUCCCUUAUGUCCAUUAA